UGUGCAGGCCUACUUCCAGAAUUGUCAUUGGAUGACCGGAAGUCGGAUGCACUCAAAAUUAUAGAGAAGCUGGAACUUGCAAUCACAGUAUUGAAGAAGAUGAUUAAUUCAAGCUCUUACGACGAACUCCAAAAGAUGCAAGAACACGCACCAAUCGGUUGUAGAGUUAGACGUGGCCGAGAUUGGAUGUGGGCAGAUCAAGACAAUGGAGGUCCUGGAACUGUUGUUGGACAUUUAUACGACGAACUUAGGAAGUACUGGUGUUGGGUUGAAUGGGACAUAGGAGGAGAAAUUAAUGUUUACAGAUGGGAUAUGGAUGGGAAAUGUGACUUGACUAUUGUUGAUGAAGACAGACAACCUGAAGAAGAGGAAAUUUUAAUGGUCGGAUGCAAGGUCGCACCUGGAGAAGGCUAUGAAGGAAACUCCUCCCAUGUGAUUGGAAUUGCCAUAAAAUAUGUAGAUGAUAACAAAAUGCAGGUAAGAUGGAAUGAUGAUGGAUCGAGAGAAAACCUUACUUAUGGAAAAGAUGGAACACCUAAGCAAUUGGUGGUUGCGAUUGACAAAGGAAUUAGGAAGCAAGAUCAUGAAAACUGUAGAAGUGAAGGUGAAAAUCCUAUUGUUUAUGAUGAGUCAGCUCUAAAACAUAAAUCGCUGCCGGCACCUCCUGAAUUCCUUGAAGUUUAUGAUAUAUUAGAGAAUACAGCUAAUGUACGUUGGCAAAAAUGCAGGGAUGACAAGAUGAGCUCAAAUUCAAAAUACGUUGUGACUUAUGCAGAGAAAAAUAAGCCACAAAAGAAAAUACUUGUUGAAGUUGUUGCAGCUGUUUCCUGUAUCUUAGAUGAUCUUAAACCAGCAUCCGAAUAUUCCGUUGAUGUAAGGUUGAUCAGCGAUGAUGGCGAGUCGUUGCCCACAAAUACAUAUUCAUUCAAAACAUUGGAAACAGAUACAGAUGAUACAUGCUACGAAGAUUGGAAACUUACUGAAGAAGAUGCGUCUCGACUUGCAGAAGCAGUAGGAAGGAACUGGCAAAUACUUGGCCCGCCGUUAGGAAUCAGAAACGUGAAACUUCAUCAUAUUUUGGAAAAUAACAUGACCGUGACUUCACGCAUCUAUGAUAUGUUCCUGACGUGGGUUAUGCAAGACGAAGAUAGUACCUUUAGGACUUUAUGUAAAAUUCUGGAGAAAUAUCCUAGUGUUUAUGUCGAUCGAAAAAUCUUGAGUGAAAUGAAACAAGAACACCCAUUAGAAAGUUAUUAGUGUAAAAAGGGAACAAACAACUAAAUAUCGUCCAAAAUCAAACAACAGUUUCUCAUAAUAUUUAUGGUAUGGCUUCAAACCCUUUUCGACAGUAAAUGAUUGUUUUCAUACAAAUAGAUGAUCCAAACAAAAUUUUAUUAUUCAGUUUGAUUAAUUAGGCACUGUUAAAAGUGAUGGCAUUUAUAACUAACUAACUAACUUACUUACUAAUUAACUAACGAACUAACAAACUAACUAACUAACUUACUUACUUACUAACUAUCUAACUAACUAACUAACUAACUAACUAACUAACUAACUAACUAACUAACUAACUAACUAACUAACUAACUAACUAACUAACUAACUAACUUAACUAACUAACUAACUAACUAACUUACUCCUACGUUAUUAUAUCCAUAUUGUUGUUCACUAUUAUACAUAUAAAUGUUAAAAACUAGCACAAAGGCAUCAGGUGGACAAAUAGCACAUACAAGAAACUAUUUAGUCACCCACUUGUUUCACUUGUUUUCACAUCCCAUAACGAUAUAUUGUGCAUUCAAAUUUCUGCUUAUGAUUUAUACAUGUAUGUGAUACUUUGUUAUGCACUCCCAGAAGGUAGCUCUCGGCAACCAUUAAUUGGAAGUGAUAUGACAUUGUUCUGUAGAUUACUAACUUAUAUCCUAGAAAUUGACAUAAAAAAUAUCUAAAUUUAAACAUCUACUUGUUUGAGGAGACAUUAAUGGUUUUACAUUCGAAUUGCCUGAUCUUGUGAAGCACAUUCUUAUUUUUAGGGAUGAUUUUGUUGAAGAUAGUUACCUUCUGAGAAACUCUCUUUCAAAGGUCGUGUUAAUAAUAAUGGAAUACAAAUGCUUGAUAUUUGUAAGCAAAGUGGUAUGAGAAUUUUAAACGAAGACUGUAAGAUGAAAAAAGAAUUUACUUAUGUUGGGAAAACAGGAAAACGUAGUAGAUUAGGUUAUUUCAACACAAAACCUGAUAAAAUUUGCUUAUUCUUUUUUUCUUCAAAACAACCUAAUUUUUUGUCAUAUCAUUGUAAAAUCAGUUUCUAUUUUGCUUAAAACAAACAAGAAUGUUAUAAUGUUAAUACUAGAAAACAGUUAUUUAGACAGAAUUAUAAAUUCAUAUGGAAGAAUGAAUAAUGAAGGCUUUUAAAGCAUGUAAAGAAAGCCUUGGUAGUGACAGUAAUAUUGGUAUAUUAAAUUAUUGGGUAAAUGAUGUUCAGAAUAGUAUUAAUUCAGAUGAUAUUGAUUUAUGUAAAAAAAAAAUGACCGAGAGUUUAGAUGGUGUUGUAUUUCCUUUUUUCAAACAAUAUAUUAAUAGAAGGAGUAAUUUUCUACUCAUAAUAAAUUGUUCCAAAAACUGAAUGUGCUGGGGAAAAUUUUUUUUUAUAGUGUUUAAAAUGUGUUUAGACAGAAUAAAUGGAUGAGAACAGGAAAGCUUUAAGUUGAGCAA